AUGGACCAAAAAGUAAUUGUUGAGGUUCUUCAAACCUCUAAUAUAUGUGAAAAAGUACUUAGCUGGUCCUCAGUUUCUGGAGGUUGUGUAAAUAACGCGUACAAAGUUGAUACUGAUAAGGGAGCCGUCUUUGUUAAGACGAAUGUUGGUUCAAAUUCCUUGACUAUGUUUGAAGGGGAAUUUGAAGCAUUGAAAAUGAUAUCAGAAGCUGUGCCAAACUUUGCACCAAAACCAUUAUGCAAAGGUUCAUUACCAAAUGGUGGCGCAUUUCUAGUGACCACGUUUUUAUCUCUUAGUUCAGAAAGUACAAGAAACCAACAGAUCCUCUUGGCAAGAAAAUUGGCACAAUUACAUUCAGCUACAUCAGAAAAUGGAAUGUUUGGUUUUCCAGUAGUGACAAUGUGCGGUACUACUACGCAAGAUAAUAAUUGGGAAGCGGAUUGGGAAACAUUCUAUAAGGAACGAAGAUUACGCCCUAUGUUAGCGAAACAUCCAAGAGAUGCAGAAUUGCAAAGAUUAGGCAAAAUUAUUGUGGAUAAAGUUGUACAUCAUUUGCUAAAAGACAUUGAGAUAAAACCUGCUUUAAUUCACGGAGAUUUAUGGAGUGGCAAUUGGGCGAUCGAUUCGACGACAAAUGAACCUGUGAUCUAUGAUCCAGCUGCUUGUUUUGGUCACAGUGAAAUGGAAUUGAGUAUUUUGACAAUGUUUGGAAGUCCCUCUUAUGAUUUUUUCGAAGAAUAUCAUACCCAUCAUCCACGUCAGGAGCCUUUUUUUAAGGAACGUCAAGUUUCUGAAUUUUCUGGUUCGCAUAACUUCAACUUUGUACACAAUUCCCCCGCAUUAUUUAUACCUUUAAAUAAUUUGGCUCGAGUAAAUUAUUUCUACACAAGCGCUAUAGUUCAAGCAAAACCGACAAAUGAUGAGGAUCCGAAUCAAGAUGAUAAAGGAUACACAGGCUACGAAAUUGUUGAUUCCAGCGAAUAUGUUCCAGCCCGAUUCGAUUCUAUCACAGCAAUCUCUCCCUUAACUCAAAAAGCUCUCAAACAAGAAUUUGGAUAUGAGACAAUGUCAAAAGUUCAAGAUGCUGUUUUAUCACAAUCACCCAUCAGAACAGAUUUAUUUGUAAAAGCUAAAACGGGUACCGGUAAAACUCUUGCAUUUUUAAUCCCUGCAUUCGAGACAGCACUACAACAUCAUGCUCCGAGUGAUCGAACGCGUCACGUAUCGAUACUUGUAAUAUCUCCGACGCGUGAAUUGGCACAACAAAUUGCACAAGAAGCAAAACGGUUGUGUAAAUUUCAUCCAUUUGAAGUGCAUACUUUGGUAGGCGGUGAGCCAAAGGGAAAGCAAAUUUAUGGCUUAAUGCAAAGACGUGUUGACAUAGUUGUUGGUACACCAGGUAGAUUAAUGGAUUUAUUACAAAGUAUUCCUGACUUUCGAAAUCAAUGCUCUGGCAUGAAAACGUUAAUUCUUGACGAAGCAGAUCAAUUGCUUGAAAUGGGCUUUCGGCAAGAUAUCGAAAAACUCAUACGAUAUUUUCCAAAUGAGCGGCAAACUUUUCUAUUUUCCGCGACGAUAUCACCUGAUAUACGAAAAGUGGCGAGUUUCGCUUUAAGAAAGGAUUACACGUUUAUUGACACUGUUGACCCGAACGAUGUGAACACAAAUCUUCAAGUAAAACAGUCGUACGCAAUAGCACCAUGGGAUAUACAUCUGAAAACAGUUCGAAAUAUCAUUCUUGAUCACCAGAGAUCACAUCCGGAUGCAAAGAUAAUUAUGUUUCUACCCACACGAAAAGGAACUGAACUUUAUGCAGAAUUUUUUAGAAUAAUUGGAGACCUUGAGGUUUUUGAACUUCAGUCUGGCCUUAGUCAACAGCAACGGACAAGAAUUUCCGAUAAAUUUCGAAGAUCAAGACGUAAUGCAAUGCUUGUUACUUCGGAUGUAUCUGCGCGUGGAGUAGAUUAUCCUGGAGUAACAUUAGUACUACAGGUAGGCGCGGCUUCUUCGCGCGAACAGUACAUACAUAGAUUGGGUAGGACUGGACGUGCUGGUAGAGAAGGAGAAGGUAUAUUAGUAUUGGCUCCAUUCGAAAAAAAAUUUACAAAUGCCAUUAAUGAUUUGCCAAUUCAGCCAUUGCAAAUUCCUGAGAUAAAACAAGAUAAUCAUAUUCAACGCGCUAUUGAAACUAUUGAUAUUGAAAUGGUAAAUGAUGCAUUCAAAGCAUUUCUAGGUUAUUAUAUGGCAAGAGCCGAUCUUUUGAAUAUUCGUAAAGAGGCUUUACUUGAAUUAGGAAUGGAAUUUUGUGGCGCAUUUGGUGUUAACGAGAUGCCACGCCUGUCUGCUAAAAUGAUGCAAAGUUUAGGAUUAGGAAGACCAUUAUUAAGAGGUGGUGGUGCCUUCGCAUCUAGAUCGCUCGGUGGUUUUGGUGGUGAUAGUCGGGAUCGACUAUCCAGUCCACGUGGAGGGUUUUCAUUUGGUGGUUUUUCCGAGGAUAGACCACCAAGAAGACCUAUGAGAGAAAGUGGAUUUGGCCGCAAUGAUGGUGGUGGUGGUUUUGGAAGAGGAUCUUCAUUUGGCAGAGGAAGCUCAUAUGGUGAAAGGUCCUCAUACGGUGAAAGGUCAUCAUAUGACAGAGGAGGUUCGUUUGGUGGAGGUAGAGGAGGCUCAUUUGGAGGAGGAUCAUAUGGUAGUAGAAACAGCUCAUUUGGUAGAGGACCUUUAAAUAGUAGAAUUUAG